UCACAAGUCACAUGAAGGGGUUGCAAAAGUUUUGUUGUUUUUUUUUUUUUUUUUUUGGUUUUUUGUCAUUUAUCAUGGAGGGAAAAGAUCAAUAUCACGAUAGAUAUGUGAAAAUCAUUAAAGCAUAUCAUCAGUCCAGAAAAAGGUAAAAUCAUAACAAUACAAAUAAUAAUAAUCCUUGUCGAAAUAUUUUCUUGGUGGGAAAUCCAGGGGGUGUUUACGCUGCAGUGACAACAUGAAGCUCUUCCUUAAGUUUCAUUUUUCAUCACACACUGACUUGACGAGGUUGACGUUCCAGUGUAAUUGAGCAGACCUGCAUCUGGAGAUUAUUUGGCCAGAGCACGUGUUUGCUGUGCGGUGAUGCGGGAAAUCAUGAUGGUGAAAGUACUUCUGGUCUCUCUAUUUUUCGUCCUUACAUCAUUAACAGGUGUGUGUCCCAGAGAGAUAUAUGUCAAGGCAGGUGAGAUGGUGGCGCUACAAUGCCCAGAUGGUGUUGCUGAACCGAUCUGGACCAGUUACACCACCCAGGAGAUGGAUCUGACCAGCAACAUGUCAUCAGCUGAGCAGAGGCAGAUGGGUGUGCUGGUUCAUGAGAGGAGCCUUGUGAUUCUCAAUGCUUCUGUAAACCAUCAGGGGAAUUACUCAUGCUCUCUGGGGAAUGCCAGCAGCCAGUUCUGGUUCAGGCUGACAGUAUACACAACACGGAGAGAGAAUGAAAAAAAAAAUUACUCUGCGACAUGUUACACACAUGAGUCCUGCACAUUGUCUUGCCCUGAUGUAAAUAUACCUGCUGAAAAUACCCCGGAUAUUACCAGCAACGGCAUUAAAUGGCACAAGGAGGGUGAGUCAUUGCCAAAAAACAGUUACUUCUCGAGUGUGGAGGAGAAUGACCACGGUGUCUACACCUGUACCAGGUCUUACCUGUAUCAUGGUCAAAUAUAUAACAUGACUUUAUCAGUGGUGCUUGAUGUCCAACCAAACAAAAAAAUGGACAAAUCUGCAGAGAUCACUUCUCCACGCAUGAGUGAAGUAUUUCUCGUAGAUUUGGGCUCAACAGUGGUGAUUGAUUGUAAAGCUGUUUUGUAUUCAGACUUUGAUGAGGUGUUCUGGUUAAGUGGAAACUCAUUUGUGGAAACAAACAACAUCUUCCCAGUUUUCUACAAUUAUACAAGUGAAAAUAAUACUGAAGAGAUAAAGAUGACAGCAUCUCUAGUCUUCAAAAAAGUGUCAGAAGAGGAUCUAUCAAAAAAUUACACCUGUAAACUGGAAUGUGUAUCUGGACUCUCGAGCUUUGUCACCAUCACCUUGGCCCAAAAACCUCGUCCUUCUUACGUUUCCCUGGCUGUUGGUAUUGUCGGAAUGGUGGUGGUAAUGGUUGUAUCAGUAGUUAUCUAUGUGAAGUUCAAAAUUGACAUCUUUCUUUUCCUAAGAGACACUCUUGGCUGCCAUAGAAGAACCUCAGAUGGAAAGAGCUAUGAUGCCUUUUUGAUGUAUUACAAGAGCGACACUGAUGCGGGACUAAAUGCUUAUGACAGAAAUGGGCUGAAGAGUGUUUUGGAAGAGAGAUUUGGCUACAGUCUCUGUCUUUAUGAUCGUGACAUCUUACCAGGGAAAGCUGUAGCGGAGGCAGUGUUAGACUGCAUAGUGUGCAGCCGGACGGUGGUUUUGGUUCCCACCUCUCCAGAUCCUGGUCCAGGGUCUGAUCUGCUGAGUGCCAUCCAUGCAGCCCUUGUGGAGCGGCAGACUCGCUUGGUUUUCAUCAAAACUGAGGCAACAGAAGUGUCGAGAUCGGGUUCAUUACCAGAGGCUCUGCAGCUUCUUGGCAAGGCUGGAGACUGUGUCACCUGGAAGGGCAUAAGCUCCAUGCCACCCUCCUCCUCCUUCUGGAAACAGUUACGUUAUUACCUACCUGCCCCGCAGCAUGCACAGAAAAUAAGGCUUUUACCUCAGCCGAUCUAGGGUGUUACUUCAUGGUAAGAUGUUUAGCUAAGUCAGAAUUAAUAGCCUGUAUCAGUGUAUGUCUAAAAGAAUCAAAUUAAUACCACAAAUAUAGCACAUUAAAAAAAAUACAUUUUAGGCAAAGCAUAUUACCACAUUAUACCACAGUGUAGAAAUACUCUGUUACAAGUAAGUCCUGCAUUCAUAAUUGUACUUUAGUAAAAGUAGUAGUAAAAGUAUCAGCAUCAAAAUAUACUUACUGCACCAAAAGUAAAAGUACUCAUUAUAGAGAAUGGCCCAUUUCAUAAUAAUAAUAAUAAUAAUAAUAAUAAUAAUAAUAAUAAUAAUAAUAAUAAUAAGUAUAUAAGUAUAUUAUUGGAUUCUAAUUAUUGAUGCAUUAAUGUGUUCAUCGCUUUAAUGUUGCAGCUGGUAAAGGUGGAGCUGAUUUUAACUACUUUAUAUAUUGUUGGGUAGCUUGUGAAGUUGUAUAUUAUCUUAAUCUACAAUAAUACAUCAUAAUUUAUUUGUUGAUUAUAUUUUGUAUUAUUCAUAUGAAUCUGAAGUAACUAAAAUUAUCAGAUAAAUGUGUAAAAAGUUAAAUAUUUCCCUCUGAACUGUAGUGGACUAGAAGUGUGAAGUAGCAGAAAAUAGAAAUAGUCAAGUAAAGUACAAGUAACUCAAAAUUGUACUUAAAUAUAGCAUUUGAGUAAAUGUACUUAGUUACUUUCUACCACUGUAGAUAUUUUUCCUUUUUCCGGUAGAAAACUACUGUAUAGUAUGACAGCUGACACAAGCAACUUUCCCUGUCAGCUGCAAAGACAUGUAAUGUAAAAUUGAAUUAUGUUAAUACAUCAGCCUAUACACUGUUACUAUUGACAUAUCCAGAAUUAUCCAACUUGUGUAUUCUAAUUACAGUUGAAGUGUUGCUUUUCAUAGUGGCUCAUGAAUGAAUGUGUCAAUGGUGUAACUUUUAUCUAAAUUAGUUUUUGAACAUGGACACUCUUUUCUCCUACUCACCCAAAUGUCUCUGUGCUGUCUCUGUCAUGCUGCUCUUCAUCCUCAUCAUUCAUUUCCUCUGUACUCUUACUGUACUAUGAGAUGUGCUACUGUGAUGCCCCAGGGCAAAAUAUGUUUGAACUGUAUUUCAAAAUAAAUUGUAUUUUAUA